AUGGCAAUUCCCCCAUUGGUUGAUGCAAAAUCUUGUAAUAUUGCAUCACAGUAUAGGUGGUUAGAAGGGAAGGUGGCAAUUAUUACUGGCGGUGCAAAUGGAAUCGGAGCAAGCAUUGUGCACCUCUUUUGGGAAAAUGGUUCCAACAAAGUUGUGAUUGCAGAUGUCCAGGAUGAGCUAGGACAAGCCAUUUCCGACAAACUUGGUGAAAAUGUAUGCUUUAUUCACUGUGAAGUGUCAAAAGAAGAAGAUAUCAGCAAUCUUGUUGACACCACCAUUGCCAAGUAUGGACAGCUCGACAUAAUGCACAACAAUGCAGGCAUUGUGGACCGCCAUUUUGGAAACAUUUUGGACACCCCCAAGUCGGAUCUAGACCAGGUUCUUUGGGUUAACUUGGUUAGAUCAUUCUUAGGAGCCAAACAUGCUGCCAGGGUCAUGGUACCCCGGGACAAGGGAUGCAUACUGUUUACAGGCAGUGCUUGUUCAUCCAUUGCCGGGCUUUCGACUCAUGCAUAUGCAGUCUCAAAGUAUGGUGUUUUAGGACUAACAAAGAACUUGGCAGGCGAGCUUGGACAGUAUGGCAUAAGAGUGAAUUGUGUGUCGCCAUACGCUGUGAUCACCGGCAUAUGUGAUCCAAGUGGUUACGAUGCAGCUGAAAGAGUGGCUGCUGUGUAUGAGAUGGGCAAUCUCAAUGGUGAAAUUCUCAAAUGUGAGGAUGUUGCAAAGGCUGCACUCUACUUGGCAAGUGAGGACGCCAACUAUAUAAGUGGUCUCAAUCUUGUGAUUGAUGGAGGCUUCAGUGUUGUCAAUCCUACCAUGAUGAGGGCUUUUGGCUUACUUCAGUGA